AACUCCAUAUCUAAAGUCUCAAUCUCUUACUUCUCUUCAGAUUCAUUCAUUGUCAUUCUACGUAUAUACAUACAUAUAUACAAAAUAUAUAUUUAGAAAAUUCAUCAUCCGUAAUUCUCGCCAAUUACACACCAAAUCCGAUCUCCAUGGCGGCCACGACUGUGGCGACGGCAGCCGGAGCGGUGGUGCUAUUAUACUACGUAUUAGCACGGAGAAUGACGUCAUCAGCUGAUCCUAGAGGCGAUGACGUGGAUGAUGAGGGUAGAGAGUAUUUGAAAUCAAGUAAAUCGAAAAGGAAGAUGAUCAAUCAAAGAAGACCAGCUCAAGCGCCUGCCACGUGGCUCGAAACGAUUUCUACGCUUUCUGAAACCCUUAGGUUUACUUAUUCUGAAACUUUGGGGAAAUGGCCUAUUGGUGAUUUGGCUUUUGGUAUCAAUUAUCUGUUAAGAAGACAGGGUAAUGUACAAGUAGCUAGUAUAUAUGCUGGAGAAAAUAGUAGACAGCUGAAAGGACCAGAAAUCAUUGCAGAGUUGAAACAUUAUUUGUGGUUGUUGACUAACUGCAUACUAUUUUCUAAGAAGCCUUUCCCUGUCUUUUUGGAGUCUGCGGGGUAUUCAGAAGCAGAUGUUCUAUUGCAAAAGCCUAAAGCAGGGCUCUUGAGACCUGCCUUCACGAUUAUCUGUGAUAAAAAGUUAAAAUGUUUUUUUCUAUUAAUUCGAGGCACACAUAGUAUUAAGGAUACACUGACAGCAGCAACUGGUGCCGUCGUCCCUUUUCACCAUUCAGUUUUACAUGAUGGCGGGAUAAGUAAUCUUAUUCUAGGUUAUGCACAUUGUGGGAUGGUUGCUGCUGCUCGUUGGAUUGCGAAGCUCAGUAUUCCUUUUUUGCUUGAAGCCUUGAAAGAAAAUCCUGGUUACGAAGUAAAGAUUGUUGGUCAUUCCCUUGGUGGUGGCACUGCUGCACUCUUGACAUAUAUUCUUCGAGAACAGAAAGACUUGUCAUUCGUGUCAUGCAUCACGUUUGCACCAGCUGCCUGUAUGACUUGGGAAUUGGCGGAGUCCGGUAAGCACUUUAUCACCACAAUAAUCAACGGCUCUGAUUUGGUGCCGACAUUCUCAACUGCUUCUAUAGAUGAUCUUCGAACUGAGGUUACAGCUUCCUCAUGGUUAAAUGAUCUGCGUGAUCAAGUCGAGCAAACUAGAGUUUUGAAUGUUGUAUAUCGUUCUGCUACUGCUCUAGGAUCUCGUCUUCCGUCAAUGGCUAAUGCAAGAGCCAAGGUUGCUGGUGCAGGUGCUAUGCUACGACCCGUUUCUAGCAGCACCCAGGUUGUGAUGAAACGUGCUCAAAACGUUGCUCAAGCUGUAGUUAGAACCCGCUCAACGCUAUCUGCAUGGUCAUGUAUGGGUGCACGCCGUCGUGCUGUUGGUACCGUACCAACUGAUAGUUUCUCUGAAACCUCCCUCAUACUUGAAAAGAACCCUGACUCCCUUACAACUGACACCAGCGUCCCAGAUCACGAGUCAAACGAUGUAGACCACUGCUCUUCAAGUGGCGGAUCUGGUCAUGAUGACACAGAUGAGGAGGAACUUCUUAUUUCUGUGGAUCAUGUAUCAUCCAAAUCUGAACACAUUACAGAAGGCGAACUAUUAUAUGAACUUGAAAGAGAACUUCAAAGGCAAGAAAACGAUGCUGAUAUUCAAGCCCUGGAGGAAGAAGAAGAGGCGGCAGCUGAAGAAAUUAGAGAAGAGGAAAAGGUUAUAGCUGAUGCAGUUGAUGGUGAACAACCCAUUUCCUCACCAGACAUUCCAGAAAAUUACCAUCUCUAUCCUCCUGGAAGAAUAAUGCAUAUUGUUUCCAUCAUUUCUAAUAAUUCAGCGGAACAAGAUCAAGAUCAUGAACCUCAUGGAUCAGCCAUUGAAGAUCAUGAAGAACACAAACUAGAGACUGUGGGUAUUUACGAGACGCCCCGGGAACUUUAUGGUAAGUUGAGGUUAUCAAGAACAAUGAUCAAUGAUCAUUACAUGCCAAUGUAUAAGAAGAUGAUGGAAAAGUUAUUGGUGGAGCUAGAGAAGUAGAUUUAAAUAUUUAAUACAUUAGUUGGUAGAUAUAAAUAUGUAUCUAUAUAUUGUAAUUGUAAUUGUAUGAUGAAUGGUUACUGAUCAUUCUUUUAUUCUGAACAAAAAAAAAAGUAAAAAAAAAAAAAAAAACAGAUUUAACUGACUGCUUGUGUAUGUAAUUCAAACACUGUUUUGAUACUGAUUUCAGAGUUGAGUUCUGAUUUUGUAAUUGAAUGAAAACUUGACAUCUUGUAUUUUAGAUUUUUAAGUUGCUAUAUUUGUAUUGUA